UCGUAGUUGGCCAGAGUGAUUCUAAGAUAAAACUCAUUUGUUUUGGAAAUCCCGAUAAGAUUUACUGUAUUGAUAAUGUUUUUUCAUAUGCGAACGAGGGAAAACCUGAUUAUAUGCUUGCUUGCGGGGAAAACAAGUUAUGAAAUAAAAACGUCUGACGCAAUGUAAAAUUACAUACAUAGUUUUCAAUACAUGAUAAUCAGGUCGAGAUUGCUUUCCUGAAAAUUUGUCGUAUAUUAAUUAUCGUAGUGUGCAAUUUUUAUUCUACGUUCAUCUUUUUGACUGAUUUGAAUUGGGUUCAACACGUGAGCUGACAUAAUAGAACGAUACUGAAUAUAGAACAUAAUUCGCAAGGUUGUCACGCCAGUACCAACGUUUUUUCCACGAACGAAAGAACAAUGCAAAACGAAAAUCCCGAGAAUUUUGGAAUUUUCUAUGACGAACAUAAUGGCGUAUCAUUUUUUAAAUAUUUUGCGAGGUGCUAAUUUUCGUAGAGCUCUUCUACUAUUUCCUUUUUUUUUGAAAUCUCACAGACAUUCACUCGUUGGAAUGCAAAAGGUUCAAUCAUAUUUUUGUGCGAAGACAUUAACAAAAUAGAGAAAUAAACUACAAGCACUUAAAGAUGGAUUACAAAAUUGCUACUUUUGAAGAUCAGCAAAUAAAAAGGUACGUCAGUAAUUCUGCGCGGGACUCUGACGUCGAGUACGAAGAUGAAACUGACAGCGACGCUUACAGUAGCGAUACAGAUGAUGAUAUCGAUGCCAAAUUCUCACAUUCCAGUAUCACUUCAGUAGACUUGCAAAAUAAGAGCUACUCAAAAUAUUACAAUAAUUUGACAACCAAACAGAAGCAAGCGUAUCUGCAAAUAUGCGAUUUAUUCGCGAAAAAUAAAGGCGCAGUAGUUACGAUAAAUAGCCGAAGCGGAACUGGCAAGACGUAUCUUUUAACUGCCAUAACAAAGACUUUCGCAAAGUCUGUACAGUUUAUCACCUUCCGAAGAGACCAGGCGAGCGAAAUUGCGAUGAAAUUGGAAGGUAGCGCUACCGUGUAUACGUACAUAUCUUUUUACCUUAGAUGUUUCAAUUUAAAUUACGUUCGUGCGAUUCAAUUGUUUACCACGUCGAUGAGUGACGAAAUUGAUCUGCUUUACAAAUUGAUAUUAUAUUCAAAAAAAUACCUCAAUACCGGCACGAACAUUAUCGUCGUGGAUUCGUGCACUUUACCAUCUGCGACCAUGAUACUUUUGUUGUACAUAAUCUCCCUGAAACAUGGCAUACACCUAAUUUUUUCCGGGAACAAGAUCCAACUGAGCGCCAUGUUCAAACCGUCGCUUCACAGCAGAUCCAAUUUCGACAUCAUCAAUCUGUUCAACGAUAUGACGAUCAGAAAAUUAACCCACAAACGAUCCUUCGAUAAAACAUUGAACAACAAGCUAUCGCAGUUUCGCAAAAUGAUACAACAGAACCGACCAAAGAACGAGGUGCCGUUCCGCUUCAACCUCCGUUACUACCUGUAUUGUUGUUUCCGAUCGAAGUAUUUCACCGAAGAACGCUUCGAUGUUCUGUACAUGUCUCAGUUCCAUAAAGACAUUACGGAGCGACUGCACCGUUUUGUCGAUUACCUGGAUGCAUCGAAAACAAACUACUUGAUCGUGCCGUAUUACACCGAUAAAAUGGAAAAGAUACCCACCCCUAAAAAACAGAGAGAUAAAUUCUUUUCAGGACUGAUACUGGCAGAGGGAUACAAGUAUUACCACGUUAACCGGAACGGAGUUCACAGUGUAGUCGUAUUAGAAAAAAUAACAUCUAUGUCUGAGAAUUCUGUCAGUUUGUCCAUUCGUUUCUUGCUAAAUAAUUCUAGGAUUAAAAUAAAUGUUGGCGAACUAAAUUACUAUCAGGUUUUGCCCGCUUUGCGCGCUUGGCUUUUUGGUAAAUACGAGAAAAAAUUAUAUCAAUUCCCUCUACGUCCGUACACGCUGACAUAUCACGCGGCUUUGGGACGAACGAUCAGCAACGAAAAGGUAGAACUCAGCGCUGACUGUUCUCUCGCGAACACCAUUUACGUUGGUCUUUGCUGCAUACGUAAAUACGACGACAUCCAGAAAAUCCAUGCUACAAGAGAUUUACCCAGUUUCGUGGUGAUGGAUUAUAUGAGGAAGGAGAGAAACGACGACAAAUAUUAUUAUCGUUGUCCAUCGAAACUUUCCGAAGACGAUAAGAACAAGAUUAUGCAGUACGUACACGAGAAAGGACCUAAUAAUUUUAUCGAUAGUAUCAAAUGGAGAACUGUGCAGUCGUUGACAGACUUCGAGAGGACAGAAUUAGAGUACUUUGCGCGUAUUCCGUGUUCCGUGUAUGAGACACCGCGUAAAACGUCUGAAAAGACGGGUGAAACGCGUUUAAUGACAAUUGCGAGCUUUGUUAAGGAUAAUCCGCACGUGGUACUGGAUACUAUGGCAAAAGCGCCGGCUAACGAUGUUGAUAAAUUCAAUAAGACCGUGAAGAAUCCGGGUUAUAGGAAUUCGGAUACGUAUGCUCGGUUGAAGGAAGAAUAUACGAAAUGGAAUAAAUGCGCCAGAGAAGAAUAAAUUAUAUUUGUAUGCCAGAGAGUGCAUACUGCACCAAGUGUUUCAAAGUUAAACGACCAAACUCAUUAUACUAUACUAAAGUUUAACAGGAACGUUAUUCAUCACUUCGAUCAAAGAGGACUGUUUCUCAUUGCAGUUAAAUGCUUUUAAAUAACUUUGAGAAAUUGUAACUUUUUCAACGAAGUAGUUGUGCCUUUGAACAUUUACACUUUGAUAAAAUAUGUUUAAUACCGAGUAUUAUGGGGCGUACAUAGGUUUUAUAAAAUCUUGCUUAUGACACAAUUUUAUAAUGUGAUAUCUUACGGAUGUAUUAAACUAUUUUAUUUCAGUGUUUAUUUGGAAGUAGUUUUGGAUGAUUUGAGUGGUUUGAAAUUUAUACUUUUUUUCCUUGUUCUACUUUGUGACUUUUGAAAGAUAUUGCAUUAUUGUAAAGCGGAUGAUGUGAGCCAUGAAAUUCAUGCGCUGAAAUAGAUCUUUUUAAAAUUUAGAAAAUCGAAAGGAAUUGCAAUGUGCAUGAGGUUUGUUCCUAUUAUAUUUUAAUUACGUUAGUGUUCAUUAAUAAUUAGCUAAAAUUCAAGCUAAUUCAUUGUUGGAAUUUGGGGAUUGAACGUGACGAUAUUACGUUGUAUUAUUGUUAAUUUCAUAGGAUAUAUGUUCGUAAAGUCUGAUUGUUUAACUUUGUCACUGCGUUAUUGUAAGAAGUAUUACUGGAAAAUACUAGUUAAAUUAGUUUUUGACAAUAUUGUUACAAAAAGAUGUACUUUGAUAUACUAUUAUUUAUGAUUAAUUUCAUAAGCAAUUAGCACUAUAUUAUUUUAAACGACACAUCUUAAUAUUUCUGAGAUUUAUUUAGUACAAAAGGUGUUCAACAAAGAACUUUUCUUUUGUUGCAUUUCUUUUUGUUUGUUUACUACAGGAUCUUUAUG